AGCUCUGAUCUGUUAACCUUUUUAAAUCCCUUCAUUUCACUGAUUUUUCUGCAACAAAUUUUCAUCAGCUCUACAGUUCUCUCCCCCUGAAAAUAUUUCUCUCUCAAAACUCUCUCUCUCUCGAUACAAUUCGAAAAUUUCUGUUUUGAGGUUUUUAGUUUUGUGGAUAUGGCGGCUGAAGAACACCAGACUAACGAUCCACUCCCUCCAAAUCAUGCUCAGCCACCGGCACCGGCUGUAGCUACGGGGGCAGCUCCUUCCACUUUGCCUCAGUACCCAGACUUGAUUAUGAAUGCAAUUGAUGCGUUGAAUGAUAAGAAUGGCUCAAACAAAUCAGCAAUUUCAAAGCACAUCGAGGCCACCUAUGGAAACCUCCCGCCGGCCCAUUCAACCCUGCUUUCUCAUCACCUGAACAAGAUGAAGGCCACUGGGCAGCUCCUUUUCGUCAAGAACAAUUACCUUAGGCCGGGCCCAGAUACUCCACCGCGCCGUGGCCGUGGCCGUCCCCCGAAGCCCAAGACACCUCUUCCACCCGGCACUGUUUUGCCGCCUCCUCGCCCCCGCGGACGCCCACCCAAAUCCCGGGAUCCCAAUGAUCCGCCUCCUCCUCCAAAGCCGAAAGCCGCCCCAAGCCCAGCAGCUUCUGGCAGGAAACGUGGGCGGCCGCCGAAGGCUACAAAAACCGGGGUUCCGCCGCCUUCUACCUCCGUUGGAGCAACAAGUGGGGUGCCAAGAGGCCGGGGAAGGCCACCGAAAGUGAAGCAAGCCGUGGCUACUCCGGUAGGGGCUUGAUUGCAACAAAACAAGUAGUUCAGGGGCUUCACUGCUAAUUGUUGUUUCUAUUUAUAAUUUAAUUUUUUAGUCCUUGUAGUUUGGGUUAAUUUUAAUUUAGGUUGUGAUUGAGAUUGGGAGACUUUGAUAAUGUUGUAACUUGUUGUAAAUUUAUGGAGCGGCAAUUGAUGCAAAAUGCUCGUUUUCUUUAA